AGUCAAGAAAGAGGCUCUAUUAAUUCAUUAGUAAAUUUUGACAGUUUUACACAAUUUUGUGUUAACGGUUGUAUCAUCCGUCAGUGACACAAGUUUAUAAACAAGUGCGCCACGCAUUCGCUUGGAUGAGGAAUGGUGAAGUCAGACGUUUACAUGUUAAUAUGGGAAAGUAGACUGUUGAAUAUGCGAAAUAUACAUGUGUCAUUGAAAUAUGUGAAGACCACUUUAUUUGUAGGUGGCACAUAUAACAUAAACUGAUGCCCUCGUUAUUGUUGUAGUACGCUGUAGCCGCCAGUGCAUGUGUGCAGUAGCCUAAUCUACUUGGAAGGGACGAUUCCCAACGAAUCAGAAUGUUACUAAAACAAGUAUUCAUCGGCAGGAAACAUCCACCAUCAACUUAUAAUUGCGGGCUUGUUAUGUUUCCGAUUCGACGCCUUACAUCAGCUACUGGACCAUUUAAUUUCGUGGGUGGUAAAAGAGUUGAACCGGUAGAUAGGUUAUGUGACACCAUUGUAAUAAAUCCAGCAAAAGGUGAAGAACUGUGCCAUGUACCUUCAUCCGGAAAACUUGAAGUUGCACGUGCCGUCUCCGCAGCGAAGGAAGCUUUCAAAACGUGGAGCCAAUUCAGCAACACAGAACGGGGAAAGCUGCUAACUGCUGUUGGAAGCAAAAUAAGGAGCAAUCUAGAAGACAUAGCCCAUCUUGAAGUUCUCAAUAAUGGAAAACCAAUAUGGGAAGCAAGAGUGGACAUUGCGUCAUGUGCCGAUGCAUUUGAAUAUUUUGGAGGCACCAUAGCUUCACUUACAGGACAGCAUGUACCACUACAAGGUGACAAUUUUGCAAUGGUUUGCCGUGAGCCUCUUGGAGUUGUUGUGGGCAUUGGAGCCUGGAACUUCCCAUUACAGACAUGUUCCUGGAAGGUAGCCCCGGCUUUGGCUUGUGGAAAUACAAUGGUAUACAAACCUUCACAGCUAACACCUCUGACUGCUAUUCUGUUAGCAGAAAUUUUAACUGAAGUUGGAGUCCCCAAAGGUGUUCUGAAUAUUGUGCAGGGUGCAGGUGAAACAGGAUCACAUAUGUGUCACCACCCAGAUGUUGCAAAAAUAUCUUUUACUGGAUCAGUAGCCACAGGGGUAAACAUCAUGACAGCAGCUGCAGCAGGAAUGAAAAAAGUUACUUUAGAACUUGGCGGCAAAUCACCCCUUAUUAUAUUUAAUGAUGCAGAUGUAGAAAAUGCAGUAAAAGCAGCCAUGGUGGCAAACUUCCUUUCCCAAGGUCAAGUUUGUUCAAAUGGAACAAGAGUGUUUGUGCAGGACGCUAUAGCAGAAGAAGUUCUUGAACGAUUGGUAAAUGCUACAAACAAUUUAAAAAUAGGUGAUCCCUUUGAGGAGGAUACAACAGUUGGAGCAACUAUAUCAGAAGAACAGGCAGAAAAGGUCUUAAGUUACAUCAAAGAAGCUGAAAAAAAGGGUGCAAUAGUCCUUUGUGGAGGAAGAAGAAUCAGUUUACCAGCACCAUUAGAAAAUGGCAUAUUUGUAUCUCCCUGUAUUCUGUCUAAUUGUCAUGAUGACAUGCGUGUUGUGAAAGAAGAAGUGUUUGGUGCUGUGAUGACAUUUCUCACAUUUUCAACAGAGGAAGAAGUUGUACAAAGAGCAAACAAAACACCUUAUGGACUUGCGGGAGGUGUUUUUACUAGAGAUCUAUCACGAGCAUUUAGAGUUAUAAGACAACUGGAAGCUGGCACUGUCUGGAUAAAUAAUUACAAUCUAUACCCUCCAGAACUGCCAUUUGGAGGGUACAAGUGGAGUGGAAUUGGUCGUGAAAAUGGAACUGCUGUUUUUGAACAUUAUACUCAGACAAAAACUGUAUUUGUAGAGACAGGGGAUGUUGAUGCAGGCCCCCUUUACCCACAAUGAGUUUGCUUCUUAUUCCAUUGUUGUUAAUGAGACUGAUGCUUUAUAUAUAUAUAUAUAUAUAUAUAUAUAUAUAUAUAUAUAUAUAUAUAUAUAUAUAUAUAUAUAUAUAUAUAUAUAUAUAUAUAUAAUAAGAGGUGUAGAGUUCACACUGGUGUGUAAUAGAUUCUGGUGGCUAAGCAUUUAGUUAGAACAAAAAACUUGACCUUUUGGCUUGCAAGUAAUAAAUCCAUUUACUUCUGUGUUUAGGUGUAAAUCCCUACUCCUAGAUAACUGUUGUCAACAGAAUCUUUCCAAUAUCUAUAACAUAUGUUGUUAAAACAGCUGCAUAAUUUGUCUUUCAGAUUGAUUGCUACAUCGUACAUUCCAUAAAUUGAUUCCAUGGUUCUCAAACAUACAGCCUGAUCUAUCAAAAGCCCAUAAUAUUUUGGCAGAUGACCAUUCCACCAUCAUCAGGUGUUACUGAUUGAAUGAAGCAUCAGCACCACCUGAUAAUGGUGGGAUGGUUGUCAACGGAAAUAUCCCGCACUUUGAAUGAUCUGAUCUAGCAGUACACUUGAGAACCAGUGAAGCAGCAUAUAUGCUGGGAAAGCCUCAGAUCACACAUUCCAUACAUUUUUGUGACCUAUGCAUUUUAGGGUACAAAAAUAGAGAAACUGAAUAAAUACAAUAAAUUCACACAUACAGUUACAUUAAUAAAUCAUGCACACAUUGUUUACAUUUUUUAUACUUGUCUUUGAGUAUUGUUCAAGUUGUUGAAGAGAUGCUGGUUUUUGUUUAAGGCUGUUUUCAAAUAAAUCAAUUAUAGUUUUACAUCAUAAAGCAAUUAUUUGUUUGUGUAAAUAUGUAAAAGUUUCAGUGAAAAGAAAAUUAAUUAUAUAUAAACACAUAAUGAGCAUAUCAUGUAUCUGUACUUUUCACACCAUUGUACAAAGUGUGCCAGAGGGCAUUUUGUGUAUAAGAUUUUAUGAUAAAUCUUAUUUUAUUAUUGCUUACCACAUUUUUUAAUAUUUUUAAUUUAAGGUGGUAACAUUUGUUAAUUCAAAACGAGCUAAAUAAAUACCUUUUGUGAGUG